GCUGGCAAUUAUUGAAAUUACUUGUUACAAUUAAUAUCCAAAGAUGUCAUUUUUAGAAAUCUUGGGAGGACUAGUCCUUCUCUACUGCUUUGUUUACAUUCCUGGAGCAGGAAUUUACAGACACUUCUUUAGAAAGAGUCAUGACUUAAAAGCAAGAUAUGGUGCUGGCUCAUGGGCUUUGAUCACAGGUAGCUCAGAUGGUAUUGGAAAAUCAUUCGCCUACAAGAUAGCUCAAGAAGGAUUCAACCUCUUCCUUAUCUCAAGAACAGAGUCCAAGCUAGCAGCUAUUGCUAAAGAAAUAGAACAAAAAUACUCUGUAAAAGUCAAGUACUUAGCUCUCGAUUUUGGAAAAUCCUACGAAGAGAAGUUCUAUGACGUUAUCUUCAAAGAGACCAAAGAUUUAGAUAUCUCCUUCCUAAUCAACAAUGUUGGUAUGUCAGCUAGAGCAGAGGAUCCUAAGGACCAAGUCAAGCAUAGCUUGAACACUGUGAUCACAAACUGUUGUGGACAAACAAUUCUUCAAGAGCAUUUUGCUCCAAUCUUUGCUAAGAGACAGAACAAAUCUGGAAUUAUCAAUGUUAGCAGUGUUGCUGGUGGCAAGCCAAUCUCUUUCAGCCCCCUGUAUUCUGCAACAAAAGGAUUCAACGACUUCUUGUCAAGAGCUGCACAAUGGGAUUACGAAGGCAAGAUUGAUAUCAUGAGUCUCAGACCAGGAUGGGUUAGCACCAACAUGUUGAAUAACAAGAAACCAACCGGAUUCACUAUCAUUUCCGAUGAUUGCGUUGAGGGAGCAUUGAAGAACCUCGGCCAUGAUGAAUGGACGAAUGGACACUGGAAGCAUGCUCUAUUCCAAUUCUUAUACUUCAGUAUCCCAGAUGCUACAUUCCAAAGAAUGGCACUCUCUUUCAGAACAAAGAAGCCAAAAGAAGAUUAAUAC